CCUAUGCCGAGGUCUAGGGUUGCACAGUGGUGAUUUUGCCCUCCGCAGCAUGUGCAGCUGAGGCCUCUGUGUGGCUGAGGCAGGCAGCGAGGUCAGCUUGGCAGCCGUUCCCUCUUCAGCCCGGAUCUGGCCUCAGGCAGCCAGUGCCCCUGGACCCAGGAAGGGAUGGCAGAAGAAGAAGGCAGUGGGCUGCAAGUCCUGCUGAGUACGCUUCAGAGCUCCUCAGACAAGGCUGCCAUCCUGACCAUCCUCCAGCUCCUUGGAGAUCUCCUCUCUGUAGGCACGGACCGGAGGAUUCACUACAUGAUCAGCAAGGGUGGCAGUGAAGCUCUCCUGAAGACCUUUGUGGAUACCUCGAGGACACCUUCUCCUGACUAUGACGUUCUUCUGCCUCUCCUCAGGCUGCUGGCCAAAGUUGGCCUCAGAGACAAAAAGUUCGGGCACAAGGCGUUAGAAUUGGAAGCGCUUGAUGUGACACUGAUCCUGGCCAGGAAAAACUUGUCCCACAGCCACAACCUCCUCCAUUGUCUCUGGGCUCUGCGUGUGUUCGCCUCCAGUGUCACAACAGGAGCCAUGCUGGGGAUUAAUGGAGCAAUGGAACUGCUUUUCAAGGUUAUUACUCCUUAUACCCGAAAGCACACUCGAACAAUCAGGGCAGCCACUGAAGUUUUGGCAGUAUUGCUGAAAUCCAGGUCAAACAGCCGCAGGGCAGUGAACAGAGGGUAUGUCACCAGCUUACUCAGGCUGCAUCAGGACUGGCACAGCCGUGACACAGCCAACUCUCAUGUGCUGAUCCGCCGUGGACUUCUGCUCUGCCUCAAGCGCAUCACCACCCUGGUGUCUGGCAGGGAGGCCUUCCUGGCAGCCCAUGGCAUGGAGACGCUCUUCAGCAUUGCACAGAACUGCCUGGAGGAUGAAAGCAUGGAGCCUGUCAUUUCAGUUCUGCUUGAGAUCCUGAGGCAAUGCUACCCCAAGCGUCCUCUUCCCUUGGUCACAACCUGCAGUGCCUACAUCUUCCCGGUCCCAGGGGGCCUCCACUCUGUACCCACCUGUGCUGCGACUGAAGAGGAUUUUGAAGAUGAUGGUGAUGAGAUGGACAAAGACUCGGAUUUGGAAGAUGUGAAAGACCAAGGUGAUGACUUGGAAACUGAUAUGGAAAAGCUGAACUUCAAACCCGGUCUUGACAGACCUGAAGAGGAACUGAAGCAAUAUGAGGCCAUGUGCCUUGAGCUGUCCUGUGACUUUGAGGAACUGGGUUCCAAGCCUGGAAAUGAUUUGACCUUUGAAGUCCUUCAGCCUGCCAAUCACCACCACAUUCCGGUUGCUGCCUCCUCAAAGCAGCACUGCUUGAAUAAGGACCAAAGAGAAGACACAGUCCAGACAUCUCUUUUGAGCAUGGUGAAGAUGGGGAAGUCCACUGCACAUCCAUCCUCCAAAAAAAGACUUGUCAUGAGCACAUACCAACAUGUGCCCCCCAAUGGCCUUGGGGUAGAUUCUCUUAGAAAUGAUAUCUCUGAUAUACAAGAUUUUCUGGAGGAGGACAUAGAAGCCAUUUCUUGCCCAAGGAUGAAUGCAUUCUUUUCCAUUUCCACAAGACUAGAUAAGCUUCUACACACACGUGGCAAGAAUAUUCCUUUCCAUGACCCCUAUAUUUACAUGGCCAAAGCCAGAAGAACCAAAUCUGUGGUGGAUUUCAAGAUGAUAGCAUUUCCUGAUCUCUGGGGACACCAUCCACCCCCCUUUUCCCAGUCUAUGUUGGAACGCAAACGUGGAGUUCAAAGGAUCAAGAUAUCUGAGGAUGUCCGGAGGCUUGUCCAGCCAAGGGAUCUUGUAAACAGAGUCGUGUUUAGUUUAGAUGAGCCUUGGCCUUUUCAAGACAAGGCUUCCAGUUGCUUACAGUUCUUCUCUAAGUUUGAGUCAGGAAAUCUUCGCAAAGCCAUCCAAGUGCGUGAGUUUGAGUAUGACCUGUUGGUCAAUGCCGAUGUGAACAGUGCCCAGCACCAGCAGUGGUUCUACUUCAAAGUGAGCGGCAUGAGGGCUGCCAUCCCUUACCGCUUCAACAUCAUCAACUGUGAGAAGCCCAACAGUCAGUUCAAUUAUGGGAUGCAACCGACCCUGUAUUCUGUGAGGGAGGCUCUUCUUGGAAGGCCCACCUGGAUACGGACAGGACAUGACAUCUGUUAUUACAAAAAUCAUUAUCUCCAGGGUGCAGCUGUCACAGGUGGAGCAUCUGGGAAGUACUAUUACACCCUCACCUUCGCCGUCACCUUCCCGCACAGUGAGGACAUCUGCUACCUGGCCUACCACUAUCCCUACACAUACACAGCCCUCAUGACUCACCUUGAGAUCCUGGAAAAAAGUAUCAAUCCCAGGCAAAUCUACUUCCGGCAGGAAAGUCUCUGCCAGACACUGGGUGGGAAUCCAUGUCCACUGGUGACCAUCACAGCCAUGCCCGAGUCUAAUAGCACUGAUGACAUGGAGCAGUUCCGACACCGUCCAUAUCAGGUGAUCACUGCCCGAGCUCACCCUGGAGAGAGCAAUGCCAGUUGGGUGAUGAAGGGUACCUUGGAGUUCCUCAUCAGCAAUGACCCUGUGGCAAGGCUCUUGAGGGAGAACUUCAUUUUCAAGAUCAUCCCUAUGCUAAAUCCAGAUGGAGUCAUCAAUGGCAACCACAGAUGCUCGCUGAGAGGGGAGGAUUUGAACAGACAGUGGCUCUCUCCUGAAGCCCAUCUCCAGCCAACAAUUUAUCACACCAAAGGACUCCUCCACUACCUGAGCAGCAUUGGCCGGGGGCCUGUGGUCUUCUGUGAUUUUCAUGGUCACUCCCAGAAGAAGAAUGUGUUCAUUUAUGGCUGCAGCAUCAAGGAAACCUUGUGGCAAGCAAACUGUCCUGUGGGCACAUCUGCUCUCUUGGAGGACAUCAGUUACAGGACUCUUCCUAAAAUUCUUGAUAAGCUAGCACCGGCAUUCACUAUGAGCAGCUGCAGCUUUCUUGUGGAGAAAUCCCGAGCCUCCACUGCCCGGGUGGUUGUGUGGAGAGAGAUGGGCGUGUCUAGAAGCUACACCAUGGAGAGCAGCUACUGUGGCUGCAACCAGGGCCCCUAUAAGGGACUACAAUUUGGUACCAGUGAGCUGGAGGAGAUGGGAGCCAUGUAUUGCUUGGGGCUCCUCAUCUUGGAGCUCAAAUCUGGAAGCUGCAGCCAUCAGCUCCUGACUCGAGCCACAGCUCUGCUGAAUGAUGAGGAGGAUGUUCUGGGCCAUCACCUCCAGCGCAGGUGGAGCAGGAGCAGCGUCUCAGAACUGGAUGAUGAGCCGGCUUGCUUGGAAGAGAUUGACUACACUUCAGAUGUCAGCUCAGACCAAGACGGAAGCAUCCCUGAGCUAGACCGGCAAAUCCAGGAGUGUGUCUCCAAUCAGGAUGAGGCAGAAGAAGAGGAUGGUGCCAGGCAGAACAGAAAUGCCAUCCUGUAAUCCCCACAGUUCCCAAAAUGUCUGUUUCUGACUACUGGACUCAGACACACACAGUGUGAAACAGCCAGCCUGUGUGAAGUCCUGAUUUCAUUCUAGCUCCACUAUGCAUAGAAUCUGGGUACUUCAUGAUUAUAAUGUUUUUCUACACUGUUGUACUGCCCUUGGAACCUAGGCAUGCUGCCAUUGUGAUUAGAAUGGGGCCCCAGUGUAUGGGAUUAUCAUGGGACCUCUCCACACAGUACCGAACUCUCUGGCAUCUCUGUGCUUGAAGCCAACUGGAAGCAGCAGAGUGGGGCUGAGAAGCCAGGAGUCUAUGUGACUUUAAGUUGUUCCAUAUAUGAGUGUUCUAUGAGAGAUAGCAUCUGAGUUUUCUAGCACCAACAUUAGCCUCAAUGAAACCUUGAGGGCCCUGGAAAGGUCAUAUGGUACUGGUUGAUUAAGCAUAAAAUACUGUGCAGCCAAGUAAUUGCAAGUGUCAUCCUUCAGGUCUGUACUAGUAUAUGGUUUAUGGAUUUGGUAGAGACCUGAAUAGAUUUUAUGGAAUAAAAGAUGGUCACUGGUCCUCACAAAUUUCUAAACCUUGUAUAUUCAGUCCAUUAAGCCUGUGCUGGAAGACAACAUAGUGCCCUGGAAAAUGCAUUCACUUCAGAAUCAGACAGACAGAUGAGGCUCAUAUCCUGGGUCUGGCAUUACUCAUUAUGAAAACUUAAGCAAGUCUCUCCAAAUUUCAAGGAUUUUAUAUACUCAAUAAGAAUGAGUGUUUAUAUACCAUGAAGUUAUCCUAAAGACGAAAUGAAAUAAAACUGUGCAGUUUGGCACACACUGUAUAAUAGUGUUAGCUUUUUCCCCUCCAUGACACAAAGGAUUCUAUAUAAGUGUUCUUACAGCUACAAAAAUAUGUUCUCUGGGGCCACAUGAUUGAGAUAUAGUCUUACUGGAAGGACUCUGGAAAGGAAGUUCCGUGGGGAAGAGCUUUGGAUGGUGAUGCUUUACAAGUCUGUGUGCAGCGAGAAGCAGCUCAGAGGUAUGAUUGGUGAGGUCAGCAGACAGUUAGAGAAUGGGAGGUAAGAUGAGUAGAUUCAAAGUCAAAUAUGGGUUUACUCAAAACCAUAUGUAUUUAAUCAGAAUUAGAUUUGGCUAUGAGAGGUGGGAAAUUCAAAAUGUUAGCAAUACAUUUUCUUUCAUAUAGAAUUUCUCAUGUCCAGAGGUCAGAGCUGAGGUCAUGUUUGUGCAAGGACAGAAACCCAGCGUCUAGUCCUCCAGCUCUAGUGCAUAUUGCUUCAACUCUUGAUCUAGAAUUGCUGGGAAAGCAUCAGCUACUUUCUCUGCAACCCAGAGAGAAGCUAAAGAAUUGCUCCAAACAGGAUAUGUUUCCUACUUUUCAAGAAACUAUACGGAGCAUUUGUCCUUGAUCCUACUAACCGCAAAGUAGUUCUGUGAUCGCAAGUAACUCCAGGAGAGGUUGGAUGAUCAAUAUUUUCAAAAGAGAGCUUGUCUGAUUUACCAUCGACCACCAGAAAGUUUUGGAAACAUUAACAUAAUUCCACAGAAAAAUUACAAUGUUCUGUUCCUCUUGGUUAGCGGAAAGACGCAGAUCAAAAUUUUACUAGAAUUCAAACAUAAGACAUAAGAAAAAGGCAUGUGUGUUGUGUUUUAGGAAACUGACAUUGUUGAUAAUCUCUUCUGUUUCCAACUCUUUUUCAAAUUUUCUUGCUGCAUCUCAGAAAUCUCACCUCCAUCCUUCAUAGUAAGACAUUCACAUUUCCAUGGCAUACAUAAGAAGUUUAAAAGAAAUAGCGAAGACCCUGAAUUCAAACCCAAACUAACGGCAUCCCUUAACUUUUCCCUUAUGCCCUUUUUCCACUGAUAAAUUGAGGAAUACAUAAUGCUCCUGUUUCUCCAUUGUUUCGAAGAAGCAAGACAAUAAUAUUGUUGAAACGUAAAAGCUGGAAAAGGGGUGAGAGCAAUACUAACUCAUUGCCAGCAAUUAAUACCUCUGCCUGAAUUAAUAAUUAAUUAAUUUCUCACAUUUAUGAGAAAAAGGAACAAUAGCAGGUAAGUUUCAACAAGGGAACUUUUGAAAAAAUCAGGAACUUGUAAUAUUGUUGGUCUUUCUAUACAACAAAAGUAAGUUAAAGGAUCACUGUGUGUCCUGCAUUUUAUUAAGUCAUAGAAAACUUACAGUGAACUCAAGUUACAGUUAACAGGAAUAGCACACAGUUUAUUUUAGUACAGCGUUGUACAGUUAUGUAAAGGAUAAUAUGGAGCUAUAUAAAGGAUAAUAUGGAAAACACUUAAGAUUUCAAUGGUAAGAUCUUCUAGAAGUUGAAAAUUUAGAUGCCAUGCAGGAGUUUACAGGCAGAACAUGGAGGAAAUACAUAUGAAGAAAUAUAACUAAGAAACAGACACCUGUGGAGAGAUUUGGACAUGGACUAAAAUGUCCAGUGUUGCUAAAUUAAUGGAUAUAUUUGUCUAUUGAGGAAAGAGGACAUUAACAUGAGAUUUAAUAGAAAAACUAGAGUACAGUCAGAUUUAAUAUUUGUUGUGCUCGAUGGAAGGGGCGAAACUUAAUUCUGAAUGUGAUAGGGGAGAUCUCAAGACUUUUUGGCAGACGCACAUUGAGAGCUAGGCUGGACACCAGUGUGCAUGUGUCAGUACCCCAGCCCCAACCUGCUUGUAGCCUAUAGGUUGGUACUCUUGUCAGGCUGGUUAUUCACUAAUGUGAAGCAACUCCUGGGCCUGACAUUAUGACAGCUGAAGAACAGAGUGUUUGCACUGAGGGGAAGAUUAUGGGAGCCAUUUGUGACUAUGCAAACUGUUCAGAGACCCACAAGGUACUGUGCAGGAAGGGACCCUCACCAACACAGUACAUCAGGAAAUGGAAACGGAAGGAGAAGUAUACCUGGACAAGCCCACAGUUAGUGCCACCUCUAUGCACACAACUUGUUCAGGUGCAUAACCCCUUGACAUUAGAACCAUCUCACGUAUUUCCCUCAUCUCUGGUGAGCUUCUCUUCUCCCAUGAAUCUAUUGGGGAUAACCAAAACCAACUCAGAUUCACCUUUCUCCAUAGAAUCUUUUCUACACACCCAAGCCAGGUUAUAUAACCUGUCCUCUGUGAACCACUGUACUAUUUAUACAUUUAUUCUACAGCACAUUUGCCAUUCCCAACUUGACUUACAUGCUUUAUAUAGUCAUACCCCAGGCAGUACUGAGGAGUGAGCUCUAAAAUGCAUGAGCCUGCUAUUAUUUUGGCAUCGCUCAUUGUGCUGAGCAGACGUCUUGACAUGUUGAAGGAAUUCACAAAAAUGUGUCCCCCACUUGCCCUCUAGCUUCCAAACCAGACAUUUAACAUCUUAAUGAAAUUGCAUAUAUUUGCUUGAUUUUCUCCAAUUUUCCAUCUUCAAUCAGUGUUCAUGUUAUAUGGAAGAAAAAUAGUUUAACUAAAAGGGCAUCCUCCAAAGGCACAGAGCCUCUCUGGCAGGUGGUUGCCAUGGAAGGCUGCCUCUGGGCGAGGCGUGCUUGAGAAGGAGCCCAGUGGCCUUGUCCUCACAUGUACAAAGCAAACAUUCAGACAGAGCAGUGACAGUAGAAGGACAGCAUCCCUAAGUUUCCCUACUGGCUGCGGCAUUCAUCCAGGUGCUCUGGACCAUGCACUCACAUUGGUGGGAACUGGCUUUUGCAGCUCUGUGUGCCUUGUGCCAACUUGGCUUCCUAGGCACUUCUUGCAAUGGCAUUAGUGAGUUUCAACAUCCGAGAAUUCCAUCCAUUGGCUCUAAGUUCUUCUAAGCCUCCAGAAAGGAAUUCAGAGCCACAAAGAACAUCUGAGACGGCUAACCUGAUCCCUGAGUUACAAGCUCAUGUUGAGGGUUGCCAACACUAGUAAGUUCACAUGAAAUUCUUAAUGGGAGGAGACAUUCUCGUGUGUAGCUUCCAUUUAUCAGCCUGGAAAACUUAGCUGUAGAGUUGAUUUUUAUAUUCUGAGAGGAGCCUCUGCCUUAUGCUAAGAGAAGAGGCUCCUAUGAAAUGCUUGACCUAAGUCAACCUCAUUAGGAACUCAGCACAGUGACACAUGUGGUACAUCUGAACAUUUGGGCUAGCAUUAGUGAUAGAUUUAUUUUGUUCUACUGGUACCUCACAGCUUGGCUCUGAAAAGCUUCCAUCUUGGAAAGAUGCACAGACAGCAGCAUACUACUCAUGGCCAGAGAUUUUUGGGCAGCAAUAACUCAUCAGGUCUGGAGCUACUACUAUCUGCCCAGCAGAUAUUUUCUUGUUUGUGUUGCAAAUUGACUUCAUCCCCCUCCCACAUUCUUGA